AGCCUCUCUCUCCACCCCAUUUGAGGAGGCUUUGAAUGAAUCCUCAGCUCAACGAGAGAGGGAAGGCGAAGCUUUUGUGUGUGUGUGUGUGUGUGUUUGUGGAGCGUGUGAUGGGAUUGUUUUUCGGUCGACAGUCUCCGCAGGCCAGCGAGGAAGGCAGUGCUGAUUCUCUCCGUUCUUUGUUGCGGUAAACCGUCAGGAGGAAUUUCCUGCAGGUCUCCACCCUGAUCUGUAGCUGGAAAUACUCCGAGCAAGGUGAGGACAGACCAGCCCAGCCUCUCUGUGGAGACCUUUCUGGAAACAAGAUGGCUGGUGCCUCGGUGAAGGUGGCGGUGAGAGUCCGGCCUUUCAACUCCAGGGAGAUCAGCCGAGAGAGCAAAUGCAUUAUUCAGAUGUCAGGGAACACAACAACAAUUGUUAAUCCAAAGCAGCCCAAGGAGGCCCCCAAGAGUUUCAACUUUGACUAUUCCUACUGGUCCCACACCACGCCGGCCGACAUCAAUUAUGCCUCGCAGCAGCAGGUAUACCGAGACAUUGGGGAGGAGAUGCUCGAACAUGCCUUCGAAGGAUACAACGUCUGCAUCUUCGCCUAUGGACAGACUGGGGCAGGAAAGUCCUAUACCAUGAUGGGCAAACAGGAAAAGGAGCAGCAGGGAAUUAUCCCACAGCUGUGUGAAGAUCUCUUUGCCCGAAUUAAUGACAGUACGAAUGCCAACCUCUCAUACUCUGUGGAGGUCAGUUACAUGGAGAUUUACUGUGAACGUGUGCGAGACCUACUAAACCCCAAGAACAAAGGGAACCUUCGUGUUCGGGAGCAUCCCAUCCUCGGCCCUUAUGUGGAGGAUCUCUCCAAACUUGCUGUCACCUCCUACAAUGACAUUUCAGACCUCAUGGAUUCUGGCAACAAAGCUAGGACUGUGGCUGCCACGAACAUGAAUGAGACGAGCAGUCGAUCUCACGCUGUGUUCAACAUCAUCUUCACACAGAAAGCACAUGACACCAUCCCAGAAACAACCUCUGAGAAGGUUAGUAAAAUCAGUUUGGUCGAUCUCGCUGGAAGUGAACGAGCUGAUUCCACAGGAGCAAAGGGAACACGAUUAAAGGAAGGUGCAAAUAUCAAUAAAUCCCUUACCACCUUGGGCAAGGUCAUCUCCGCUCUGGCGGAUGUGGAUUCUGGAUCAAACAAGAACAAGAAAAAGAAGAAAACUGAUUUCAUCCCAUACAGAGACUCAGUGUUGACAUGGUUACUCCGAGAGAACCUGGGGGGCAAUUCCCGGACGGCCAUGGUCGCAGCCCUUAGUCCAGCUGACAUCAACUACGAUGAGACACUUAGCACCUUGAGGUACGCCGAUCGUGCGAAACAGAUCCGGUGCAAUGCAGUCAUUAACGAGGACCCCAACAACAAGUUGAUCCGGGAACUGAAGGAUGAAGUGUCCAGACUGAGAGAUCUGCUCUGCACACAGGGACUGGGUGACAUUAUUGAUCUGACUCCGGUGCCUGAUGACAAAAGAACUGGAAGAAAAUACGUGAACGAUUUAGAGAAUAAUAACCAUAAUCGCAGAAUAGCAGCUGUCAAUCAACGAGCUGACAAUUUCUCCACAGUGUCCGGAAUGGUGCCCGGAGUGAGUCCCUCACCGUCCCUGUCCGCUCUGUCCAGCCGUGCGGGGUCAGUGUCCAGCCUGCACGACCGGCUAAUGAUCGCCCCUGGCAGCGAGGAAGCCAUUGAGCGAAUAAAGGAAACAGAGAAGAUAAUUGCUGAGCUGAACGAAACAUGGGAAGAAAAACUGCGUAGAACAGAAGCCAUAAGGAUGGAAAGAGAGGCUCUCCUUGCAGAAAUGGGGGUGGCCAUGCGUGAAGAUGGUGGUACAUUGGGUGUCUUCUCCCCUAAGAAGACUCCCCACCUUGUGAAUUUGAAUGAGGAUCCACUGAUGUCCGAGUGCCUCUUAUACUACAUCAAGGACGGAACUACCAGAGUUGGGCGUGAAGAUGCGGAAAAGCGACAGGACAUUGUGCUGAGUGGACAUUUCAUUAAAGAGGAGCAUUGCAUCUUCCGCAGCGAUAUUAAAUCUUUAGGCGAAGUGAUUGUCAUCCUUGAGCCAUGUGAGGGAGCAGACACAUAUGUCAAUGGAAAGAAAGUGACUGAACCAACUGUACUUCGGUCAGGAAACCGUAUCAUUAUGGGGAAGAGCCAUGUCUUCCGUUUCAACCACCCCGAGCAGGCCAGACAAGAGCGUGACAAGACACCCUGUGCAGAGACACCAGUGGAGCCUGUGGACUGGGCCUUUGCCCAGCGGGAAUUGUUGGAGAAGCAGGGCAUCGACAUGAAACAAGAGAUGGAGCAGAGGCUUCAGGAACUAGAGACACAAUAUCGGAGGGAAAAGGAGGAGGCUGAUUUACUUUUGGAGCAGCAGAGACUGGACUAUGAAAGCAGGCUUGAGGCUUUACAAAGGCAGAUGGAUUCCUGUUUUUACCCAGACAAUGCACAGGAAGAUGAAGAACCAGAGGAGGAAGUGCAAUGGACAGAGCGGGAGUUUGAAUUGGCACUAUGGGCAUUCCGUAAGUGGAGAUGCUACCAGUUUACCUCCUUACGUGAUCUGCUCUGGGGAAAUGCCAUCUUUCUGAAAGAGGCCAACGCUAUCAGCGUGGAAUUGAAGAAAAAGGUGCAGUUCCAAUUCGUUCUCCUCACAGACACACUGUACUCCCCUCUACCACCUGAUCUCAUGCCUCCUGAUGCUGUGAAGGACAGGGAGAAGCGCCCAUUCCCACGCACCAUUGUGGCUGUGGAAGUCCAAGACCAGAAGAAUGGAGCAACUCACUACUGGACACUGGAGAAACUCAGGCAGAGACUGGACCUGAUGCGGGAGAUGUAUGAUCGUGCCGCUGAAGUGCCUUCCAGUGUGGUUGAUGACUGUGACAACGUUAUGACGGGCGGGGAUCCAUUUUAUGAUCGCUUCCCAUGGUUCCGGUUGGUCGGAAGUUCCCCUGUCUCUGGCUGUACUAGUUCUCCCCUUUUCAACACUUGCAUGACUGAGCGCAUGGCUGAUCUCACCCCCUCCCCCACCUUCUCGAACCCUGACUCUGACAUCACUGAGCUCGCAGAUGAGCACCAUGAUGAUGAUGAUGAGGAGGAGGAGGAGGAGGAGGUGGUGGAGGAGGAGGAGGAGGAGGAGGAGGAGGAGGAGGAGGAGGAGCUGGACGAUGAAACCUUUCUGGAUGAUCCCUUUUCUGACCUGGGGGGAGACGAAGGGUACCAGAUCCACCAUGAUGGCCAGGACCCGUUUUACGACCGCUCACCCUGGUUCAGUUUAGUGGGAAGAGCAUUUGUUUAUCUCAGUAACUUGCUGUACCCAGUGCCACUGGUACAUCGUGUGGCAAUAGUCAGUGAGAAGGGAGAGGUCAAAGGAUUUCUACGUGUCGCUGUCCAGGCCAUUUCUGCUGACGAGGAAGCUCCAGAUUAUGGUUCCGGGGUUCGACAAUCAGGAACAGCCAAGAUCUCCUUUGAUGAUCAGCAUUUUGAAAAGUUUCAGUCGGAUUGUUGUACAGCUGGAAUGUCUCGCUCUGGCACAUCGCAGGAGGAGCUACGAAUUGUAGAAGGGCAGGGCCAAUCAAGUGAUUCAGGUCCUUCAGCUGAUGAGGUCAACAACAAUACCUGCGCAGCGACCCAGGAGGAGCCUGAUAGUCCAGUGAAGUCACCAGUAGACACACAGAUGGAUGGAAUCGUAGAACAUCUCAGAAUCGGCAGCAACUUCACUUUUAGAGUGACCGUUCUACAGGCCUCAAGUAUCUCAGCUGAAUAUGCUGACAUCUUCUGCCAGUUCAAUUUCAUUCAUCGCCAAGAAGAAGCCUUUUCCACAGAACCACUGAAAAACACAGGCCGAGGCCCUCCGCUUGGUUUUUAUCAUGUACAAAACAUUGCAGUCGAAGUAACCAAAUCCUUCAUAGAGUAUAUUAAGACCCAGCCCAUUGUCUUUGAGGUGUUUGGGCACUAUCAGCAGCACCCGUUCCCACCACUCUGCAAGGACCUCAUCAGCCCCCUGAGGCCAUCUCGCCGGCAGUUCCCUCGCGUGAUGCCCCUAUCCAAACCAGUACCAGCUACCAAGUUAAACACCAUGAACCGACCCACUGCAGGACAGUGCCAGGGCAAGUAUGACUUGCUGGUCUUCUUCGAAAUCUGUGAGCUGGAGGCUACUGGAGAGUAUAUCCCUGCCGUUGUUGACCACAGAGGUGGAAUGCCUUGUCAUGGAACCUUCCUACUGCACCAGGGAAUUCAGAGACGGAUUACAAUUACCAUUGUACAUGAGACAGGAAGUGACAUAUAUUGGAAGGAAGUGCGAGAAUUGGUGGUUGGUCGGAUCCGGAAUACACCAGAGUCAGAUGAUUCUGUCAUCGAUCCCAACAUCCUGUCCUUGAAUAUCCUAACUGCUGGCUACACACACCCAACCCUGGAGGACCGGCAAUUUCUUGAUUCGGAUAUGCCUAGCAUAACACAUGGAAAUGACAAUAGAACCUUUUACCGAUUUGAAGCAGGCUGGGAUAGCUCCAUGCAUAACUCCCUGCUGCUGAACAGAGUGACCCCAUAUGGAGAGAAGAUCUACAUGACAUUGUCAGCGUAUUUGGAGAUGGAGAACUGUACACAGCCUGCAGUUGUUACUAAAGACUUCUGCAUGGUGUUCUAUACACGAGAUGCCAGGCUGCCAGCCUCCCGUUCUAUCCGCAACCUCUUUGGCAGUGGAACACUCAAAGCUUCAGAGAGUAAUCGAGUGACUGGUGUGUACGAACUGAGCCUAUGCCGAGUCGCUGAUGCUGUUAGCCCAGGCAUGCAGCGAAGACGUAGACGGGUCCUUGACACCUCCGUUGCCUACGUUCGUGGGGAAGAGAACCUGGCCGGGUGGCGGCCUCGAAGUGACAGCCUCAUUCUGGACCACCAAUGGGAAUUGGAGAAACUGAGCCUUUUACAAGAGGUGGAAAAGACCCGACACUAUCUGUUAUUGCGUGAGAAGCUGGAGAGCACACUGAGGUCAGGUUGCGAUUCGGUCUCCUCUUACACCAGUGAGGACCUCAGCGAAUCCCAAAGCGUCUCCUCAACGUACAGUCUACACUCAACAGGCAGCAAUGACAUGCCAACCUCUACCUGCACCACCACUAAACGGCAGAAAGAAUUAGCAGCUAAGUGCCUCCGACUUCUAUCUCACACAUUUAAUAGGGAGUACAGCCAUGUCUGUAUCAGUGCCAGUGAGAGCAAGAUAUCUGAGAUGUCUGUCACACUGACAAGGGACACAUCAUUCUCCACAUUGAGCAACACCACACUGCCCCCUUCCUCGACCUGUCCCUCUCUGCUGGAAGGACAAUACAUCUCCCCAGAGCUCAGGACUCCUGAGGCCCAAUCCAGAGCAAUCAGUCCAGAUCCUGAUUCACUACAGGAAGGUGAACUGAAGAAAUCUCCUGUUGCCGGCAAGGAUGAGAAAGGCAGCGCUCGCAUGUUUGUAGCCGACAUCCAGGAGAUUAGAGUGAGCCCCAUUGUGUCAAAGAAAGGGACCCUGCACUUCCUGGAGCCUCAGACCAAUGGCUGGGUGAAGCGUUAUGUGGUUGUACGGCGGCCGUAUGUCUACAUUUACAAUACCGAUAAGGACACAGUGGAGCGAGCCAUUCUCAACCUGUCAGCAGCACAAGUGGAAUACAGCGAGGAUCAACAGGCCAUGCUCAAGACUCCAAACACAUUUGCUGUCUGCACUGAGCACCGUGGGAUACUACUGCAAGCCUGCAACGAUAAAGAGAUGCAAGACUGGCUGUAUGCUUUCAACCCCCUCCUUGCCGGGUCAAUCAGAUCAAAGCUGUCCAGAAGGAGAAGCAGUCAGAUGAGGAUCUGAUAGAAAUCCUUGAAUCGAAUGAAAUUCCACUCAAACCCAGCGACAUCAGACUGGACUCAUGUACAUAAUCAACCCAGCCCUUCCAACAUUGAUGUGAAUGCCCAUCUAACAUGCCUGCUCUACAUGUAGUCACUUAUUGAGGAACAAAAAUUAAUAGUUGUGUGAAAGCAAAAACUGUGUUCGCCUGGCGCUGGGGAGCGCCGUGUUACGUGUGCGUGUGAUGAUCUGUGUGUCUUCAGUAAGUGAUUAGAUAUCACUGAUGAACGAGCUCUGUGGUGUGGACACUAGAUGCUGUAUGUGUUCCUUACAUUUUUUUUUGAUUGGGGUGUUUGAGGGCUUGAUGAGGGGAAAGGGUGUUGGCGUCAUUUUGUGGCACUAACAGUCAUUUCCAGCACAAAGGCUGAAAUGGGUGGUGCAGUGCAUUUGGACACAAUCCCUUCCAUGAGUUUUGGGAUGCCUCUUGGGAAGGAUGAAGGAGGCGGUGGCUGAAUGAAUGAGCUCCUCAUUGAGGAGGUUGGCACUGGCAGAGCCCAUGGUGAUUUGCGGACUGAAUUAUCCCGUUAAAAGCAAAUUUGGCCUCCCUCCCAAAAUGCACCAUGAGUUGUUUGAAAUUUGUUCCUGUGAAGGAGGAGUUUGUUUUUUGUGGGAAGGACGGAAUUUUCUAUUUAGGCAUGUGAAAGUCGAAGAAGAAUUGUAAAGUUGGGAAUCCUGGAGGAGGAGUGAAAGGGUAAAUGUAUAUAUUUCAUGUUCAGCUCUAUAAUGAUAGUGAAUUCUUAAUCUUGAAUAAGAAAUAUUACUGCUGAGGUUGGUCAUUCCUAUCCUCUCCCCUCUCCACACUAUCAUGUUUGGUUAGCCCUUGCCCACCUGCUUGCCCAUGUUCAUGUGGUCUGUUUGGAUUUUUGUGGACCAUCUCAGUAUCGGUGUGGCACAUGACCUGAAAAUUGCAAUGUUUUUUAAGUGAGUGGCUUUGGAAGUGAAUUGUGCUGAAUUUCCGAAUGCACGGCUGAUGCAGGAGAUGCCAAGACACUUGGAGGUCUGCUGCCAGCCUCGUGCCAAUGCCAUCAGCAUUGUGACUCUCAACAGGUUCAUCCAAUGAUGGGUCGGGGCUAGGGCCAAGGCUUAGGAUGGACAAUGAUUUCAGAUUGCUUUCUCUUGACUGUUUACAUCAAAUAUUUCUAAAUGCCAGUGUUGCUACCUCUCCAACUCCUUCAGAUUUGGAGAAUCAGCCCCAUUUGCUCCAUAUUUUCUUUUGAGUAGCAAAGAAGCUUAUGGGCCUGUUCUGAUCUGGGACAUUUUCUCCUGUUGACCCAGAUGUAUUGACAAAGGUUAGCUGCAUGGCAUAGGAUGUAUUAGCUUUGAAACAUAGUACAUCUGAGAUCAGCACACAAUUGGCCAAUGUGAAGCACAUUUUUAUUUCAAUGGAACACUAAGCUACAGCUGGUGGUUGCAUUCUCAGUGUUGUAAGCAAGUUCAGUGUUCUAUCUGGGUGGACUUCAAGGCUUUGCGGU